AAAGACACAAAUAGGCGCCAAAAAAUCCCCGAUGUCUCUCUGUUUUGGUUGAUUGUUUGAAUGAAGAAGAGAGAAUCAAUGGCUGCUUCCAAAACUCUGAUGGACUUCUUCCAACCCACUGCAAAACGUUUAAAAAAGGACUCUUCUUCUUCUUCCAAAACCCUAAAAUCAGUUCCAAAUCGUGUUAACCCCAUCGCUUCUUCAACCCUCUGCAAAUCUGCUGAUCAUUCAGAUAUCCCUAUUUCUUCCUCUGGUCUCACUGCCGAUGAGAAAUCGAGGAUCCAAUUCAAGAAAUUACAGGCUCAAUCCAGAAGAAACUUCCGAAUCUGUUUGGAUCGUCUCUCUAACUCCUCCGUUUCUGAAGGGGUGAAUUUUGUGAAAUUGGAACAGCUGUUGGUGGAGGAGACAUGGUUGGAAGCUCUUCCUGGAGAGUUUCAGAAGCCCUAUGCAAAGGAGUUGUGCAAGUUUGUCCAAACUGAACUAUGUGGUGGAGGUGAUGGUGGCAGCAGCGGUGGGAAUAGCCGUGUGCCAAUCUAUCCGCCUCAGCACUUGAUCUUCAAUGCUCUUAAUACUACCCCAUUUGACAGGGUCAAGGCUGUCAUCAUUGGUCAGGAUCCCUACCAUGGGCCUGGUCAAGCAAUGGGCCUUUCCUUUUCUGUGCCAGAAGGCGUGGAAGUCCCUUCAAGCCUGAAAAACAUAUACAAGGAGCUUCAGCAAGAUUUGUGCUGCUUAAUUCCAUCUCAUGGGAAUUUGGAAAAAUGGGCUAUCCAGGGUGUUCUACUGCUCAAUGCCGUUCUUACUGUUAGGCAGCAUCAGGCAAAUUCUCAUGCAAAGAAAGGGUGGGAGCAAUUUACUGAUGCUCUCAUCAAAGCAAUUUCACAGAAGAAGAAGGGAGUAGUAUUUCUUCUGUGGGGAAAUUAUGCUCAAGCAAAAUCCAGAUUGAUCGAUGAGACAAAGCACCAUAUUCUCAAAGCAGCUCAUCCCUCUGGUUUAUCUGCAAAUAGGGGCUUCUUUGGGUGCAGGCAUUUUUCUCGCACAAACCAGCUUUUGGAGCAAAUGGGAAUGCCUCCUAUAGAUUGGCAAUUAUAAUUGGGAGAACCUGCUCGAAUUUUGUGACUGACUAUUAACAUCUGUGAUGUACUUGCCUUGCAAGACAAGAAUUCCAGGAUUUACUCGGUACUUAUUUCCGUCACUAUUUAGUUGCUUUUGCCGAUAUUUUUGGUCCAUCUUUAUCGUUGUUGCACUGUAUGGUUUGAAGUUUGUUCAGCAACAUGUAAUUGAAUCGUAUGAAUUACUUUUUGUGUUGUAUAUUUUUUGGGGUUGAAAUUCAUGAAUGAUCUGGUUUAUGUACUGAGAAGAACAAUUUGGUUUAUUUGGGUUUUGUGAACAA